AUGCCCUCGCUAGCUAGUUCUUUACCGUUCUCCCCGGCCGAACUUGCAUACCUCCAUACCUCCCUAGCCUCAGUCCCGCCAUUACGACCCGAUGCGCGGUCGCUGGGCACCGAUUUCCGUCCGCUACGCGCCGAAACUGGCGUUCUCCCCGCCGUCAACGGCAGUGCCCACGUGGGCUUCAGCGACGGCCGCGAAGCAAUAGUCGGGGUGAAGCUGGAGGUUGAAAAGACCGCGGGCAAAAAGAGUGUGCAUGGACCGAUCCGAACAGAGGACGGCGUGGUGGACAUGGACGUGGACGUGGACAUAGAAGACCAGUACCAGGGCGGGAGACAUUCUGCAAAGGGCAAACAGGAAUGGGUCACGCUCAGUCUCACACUUCCUGGUCUACGAGACGAUGAUCCCAACCUGGCAUUUCUGGAAGAGAUGCUGCGGGAGCCGCUGGCGGUGGCUUCGUCAACGUCAACUUCAACUUCAACUAAGCCAUCAGAGAUGGGGUCUACGACGUCGCUGCAGGAUAAUUUGGUCAUCAAUUCGCGCUGGCACUGGCAUAUCUACAUCGAUGUGCUCCUGAUCUCGCCCAACGGACUGGCCAGCUAUCCUCUGCCGCUGCUGAGCAUGGCCACCCAUCUCGCUUUACGAGAUACCAGGAUUCCGCGGCUCAAGAGCGAAGGCGAGGAAGAUCCCGUCGCAGACGACGACUGGAUGGCGAGCACGUAUCUCUAUCCACGGGGGAAAGCCAGCUCCGGUGUUGUGAAGCCUCCUGUCAUCCUGCUGGUGGUCGUCGUGGGCGAGAAUGCCAUCUUCGACCCCAGCAGGGAAGAGCUGGCUGUUGCGGAUGGCGUGGUCGCCGUCAGUGUCGCGGCUGGGGUCGACGAUGGUGAUCCCUGCAAGGUGCUGGCGGUGCGCAUGAUCGACACUCCGGCGCGAGAUACCAUGAAGGGAGUGCCUCAGUCCGGCGAGGCGCCAGAAGGUGUCGACGUUCCUGGAGUUUGGAGACCGAGGCUGGGUGGUGUCAAGAGGAGCAUCUUGAAGGCGGUGGUCAAGAGUGUGGUUGUUGACGGUGUGGCGCGGGAUGUGAUCAGUGGUCUGGACGGGUUUUUGAACUUGGAAGCUGGUGCGAACGCGGGCUCCAUGGCUGCUGUUUGA